AUGCAAAACCGCAUCGACCGUCUCGAGGGUCUGGUGCUGUCGCUGAUGCACAGUGGAGCCGAUGUCGAUCCUAUUACGGCCGCAUCUGCCGCGGGCAUGGUUCCUGGCGCAGGGGUUGGCUUGCCGCCCAGGGCAGACAGCUUGGUGUCUACAAGAGAAAGCGCGAACCAGGCGGCCGACGACGCGGAUGACAGCGACAUCGACGACGGCCUGGCGACCUCUCUCGGUGUUCUCAAGGUCGACACGGAUCGCGGAAAGUCCAUGUAUGUCGGCCAGGAGCACUGGCACACUCUACUGGCCGAUAUUACCGAAGUUAAGAACUAUUUCACUAUGCACAAGAAGGAGCUGGAGUCGAGUUACGAGAAGGUUCUCGAGAGCAAGCCGGCCACCUCCCGAGAGGCCCCAACCUUUCUUCACGGCGCUCCGCCGACCACCGAAGCCGAUCUCCGCGCCGAGCUGCCGCCGAAAUCGACCGUUCUCACCCUCUGUGGUCGCUACUUCAACUCUAUGGACAACGCGGUCAACAUUAUACACGCACCCACCUUCAACGCCCAGCUACGCAGCCAUUGGCAGGACCCGUCCAAGACACCCAUCAUGUGGCUGGGCCUCUUGUACUCUAUUCUCUGCCUGGCAAUGCUUAGCUACCACAAGGUUGGCGACGAGCCGCCGGAAUGGAAGGGCCGUGCUAUGGAGCUGGCGGCGCUUUUUCGAGUCCGCACGGUGCAGUGCCUGGUCGUUGCCGAUUACACAAAGCCGGUCGAGUACACGGUCGAGACCAUGAUCCUGUAUGUCUUUGGCGAGUACUCGUCUCGCUGGGACGCGGAUCUGGGCCUCUGGCUGAUCGGCUCCCUGAUUACGCGGGUGGCAUUUCGCAUGGGUUACCAUCGAGAUGCAAAAUGGUUUCCGUCCAUCACACCCUUCCAGGCGGAAAUGAGAAGGAGGACAUGGGCGCUGCUGCCGCUCAACAUAUUUGACGAAGAAUUCGAUCCAAGCACAAAGAAGCUACCUCCCCCGCGGCCGAGUUCUGAACCCACGCCCAUCAGCUACAUGAUUGCCAAAGUCAAGCUGUGUCAGGAACUGGGCAAUAUUUUGCAAGCAACGACACGCGUCGGAAAGCCGGUGUCUUACGACGAAAUCAUUCGUCUUGACAGCCGCCUGCGAGCUGUGAAGAAUGAGCUACCACCACAUCUGAAGCUGCACCCGCUGGAGAGAUCACGGGACCCUCUGACUCUGAUCAUAGCACGGUUCAACAUUGAUAUCCUAUACCAGAAGAUCAUGUGCCUGUUGCACCGCAAAUAUUUGCCUCGGUCCCGGCAAAAUGCUCGUUACGACCGUUCAAGGCGAGCCGCCAUCGAGGCCUCCUUGGAAACCUUACACCACCUUCGCACACUCGCCAAGGAGUCCGAGCCCAGCGGCCGGCUGCGGUCGAUCAAGUGGUACGUGUCGUCCAUUGCGACAAAGGACUUUCUGUUGCCGGCGAUGCUGGUGGCACUGGAGGUCCGCUUCAACAAUACAGCCGAGAAGAGCGGCGAGACUAUAGACCCACAAGUAGCGAACUUCUGGACGCCCGCGCAGCGCAUCGAGAUGCGGUCUGUACUGGAGACAACAAAGGAGAUCUGGCGGCCGCUCGCGGACGGCUCGAUGGAGGCAUUCAAGGCGUAUAACAUCCUGCGGGUCGUUUUGGAACAGAUGGGCUCCACGGAGACGCCGCCCACGAACCCGUCCGAAGUGGUGCCAAUGUGCAAAGAUGUUCCGGCACUUGGCGCCAACCCGACACCGCCAGACUCGUGUCUGGAAACGCCCGGCAACACACAGCUGCCGCCGCCGCUCGAAUCCGAUAUGAUGGCACCGCUCGGUCUUGCUCCGACAGCCGGGCCUAACCUCAACGGCUUGUUCGGGACCUCGAUGCAGAGCCCAGAGGGAGUGGCAUACGGCACAAUGGACGCAACAAUGGGCAACGAGCUCGGUGGCACGGACUUGGCACCACCCGAAUUCCAAGGCGACUAUCUCAGCAGCAUGGCUACCUUCAACUUUGCCGCCCCAGGUCUCGCUUAUCCCGGCACGUUGGUGGAUGAAAGCAUGGACUUGACAUCCAACUUUGACUGGGAUACGCUGCAAAACUACGCCCAAUCCGGGGCUUUUGCUGGAGAUCCAUCCUUCCAGUUCUUUCCGGGCAGCUCGGAAGUGCCUGUUCCAGGUGUGAAAGUCCGCCAAUAA